AAUCCGCAAUGGGCGAGAAGCUCGCCAUUGCAGAGAAAAAGGUUGUGGUUGAACUCGUGAAGUUAGCCCAAAAGAGAGGACUUAAAGGUAACAAGGGAAGCUGGAAGGAGUUCUUGGACACUCACGACAGAAAGCUCGCGUAUAGCUUGAGUGACCCAUCAAAGAGAACCAUUCAAAUUUUGGUAUCUUUUCUCAGGACAUUUGAUUCAGAACAAUGGAUGAUUUUUGAUAGAUUCCUGCAAUCUCAAUCAAACCGCCAGCUUGUGGACCAGUUUAGAAAGGAAUCUCCAGAUAGUGAAUCCCCUGAGCAGAGGUUGGUACGCUUAACCGUGGAGCAUCCACUCUACCCUCUAGAUUAUACAUUCCCUUCACUCGAGGAGGGUUGGGUUAUUACUGAGCUCCCUGAAAAGUCUGAGGUGUUGAGGUCAAAUGAAAUGCUUGCUGUUGAUUGUGAGAUGGUUCUUUGUGAAGAUGGCACUGAAGGUCUAGUGAAAGUGUGUGUUGUAGAUUGCAAUUUAGAGGUGAAACUUAAUAAUCUUGUAAAUCCAAACAAACCAGUUGCUGAUUAUAGAACUGAUAUUACCGGAAUUUUGGCUGGAGAUCUGGAUGGUGUUACUUGUUCAUUGGCAGACAUACAGAAGCACAUUAAGAAGCUAUUAUCCCAUGGAGCUAUUCUUGUGGGCCAUGGUUUGAACAAUGACCUUCAAGCAUUGAAGUUAGAGCAUGCUAGAGUAAUUGACACCUCUUACAUCUUCAAAUUUCACAAUGCACCUACUCAGAGAAGACCUUCCUUGAGUAAUUUGUCUAAGGCAAUACUUGGCUAUGAAGUCCGAGAGCAGGGUGCUGCACACAAUUGUCUAGAUGAUGCAUGUGCUGCAAUGAAACUUGUUCUUUCUCAGCUCAAGCAUGGAGAUGGUAUACUGUUGGUUCAUCAAGACGUGCCCAAAGCUGAAACAGCUAAGCUACUUCUUCACAGAAUACCAAUAAACAUUCCCAGAGAAGAAUUAUACAGAAUCAUUCCUCAGAAUGUUAAGAUUGAACUAAAGGUGACUAUAUCUAAUUUAUACCUUGUUUUCCUUUUACAAUUCCCACUCCAUUGACUUUGUUAUGUUACAGUUGUUCAUAUGUUUCCUUGAGAAGGGUAAGACUCAUUAGGUAAUGGAUACAUUGAAGGCACACUUUCAUUAUUUAUUUAUUUUCAGAAAAGAGAGGGCGGCUUUAUUUAUCCACAUGUUCUCAAAUGCAAGGGAAAAUGUUAAUCAUUAAUAUCUCAGCAUAAAACAUAAAAGAAAAAGGAUCUCAACAUAAUGGGAGCUGGUUUAGGGUAGAACUGAUCUAUGCAACUUAUCUAAAUGCAUAUUAUGGUAAGAUUUAGGCAUCAACUAGCCUGUUGUGCCCAUCCAUUCCAAUUCACUAAUAUGCUGAAUAAUCUUUUGACAGCCAUCGAAAAAUCCUCAAGGAGGAAAGUAUUCUGCAUUUGCCAUCUUUAAGACUCCUCAAGAGGCAUUCCAAGUGUUUGAAGAUCUGGAAGGAAGUGAAGAAAAGGAUAUAUCCGGACUACCGCAAAAACUCGUCAAAUUUCAAUCCAGCAGAGGAGUAAGUGCUAGCAUAUACAUUCGUAAAAUGGCGAAUGCUGAUCCUUGUAGCUAUAUUUCGGCAAAGAAGAGAGAAUUCCAUGCCGAGGAGAAGUCUAAUGAAUCCAAGAAGCUCAAGGCAGAACAGAACCAUAGUUGAUUCAAGGACAAACUACAGGAUGAGCUAAAGUUUGUUGAUUCCAUGGAUAAAAGGGCAGAACUGAAAACAGUGGAGGAGCCGAGAUUAUCAAAUCAGUGUAAAGAUCUCUAAAAAGAAAUUGAGAGAUUGAAGCAAGAACUGAAGAAGGAUCUUCAAGUCAUUAUGCAGGAUCCCAAUUUUCAUGGUUUAUCCUUGAGCUACAAAGGUCCAUUUUUCAGUUAUAUUCUUGGUUAGGAAUCUAGUUCUGUUUUUGCUUGUGGGAUAUUUUUAUAUUAUAUUUAUAACCAAUGACUUGUCAAAAUAAAAUUUCGAUUUUAAGUUUUAUGAAUAAAGAGACAAGUGUUGAAAGAAGAUUUUUUUUAUAAGAUUUGAGGAGCAGGACAGAUCGGCCUCAGCUCCAACAACUUCUGAGUGAUUUCUGGCUUUGACACCGUAUUCAACAGUCAGUAUGAAUAAAUGAUCGAGUUUUCCAUAUAAAUAAAAGAAUUUAAUUCAA